AUGAGGACCACCACCCCGACCGAGGAUAGUCCUAUGGACUCCUCCUCCUCCUCCAUGGAUCACCAACCCCCCUCCCCUCCCUCAGCUCAUCAUCCCCAGCAACAGCACCACCACCCCAGCAACAAUAACGGCACAUCCAAUGGCCAUCCAUACCCACCGCCACCGUCUUUUCAUAACCACCAGCACUACCCUCCUCAGGACACCCAGACUCAGUCCCACCCAGACCACCACUACGAAGACCGUCGCUACUCCACCUCCCAUAACGGCCCCGCUCCAUCCCAAUACCAUCACCCUGCACCCAACACACCCUCGCCGCCCCUGCCCUCCUCGGCCGAGGUCUUCCAGGGCCGACCCCUCCCUCCAAUUGAACCAUCCCAUCCGCUGCACACCUAUAUGAGCAACUCACGUCGAGGCUCCGUCGUCGAUCCAGAGUACCACGCCGCCGGAGACCCCCACCGAAGGUCCUCCACCAUCACAAUGGAUCAUUCGAGCUAUUACGGCAAUGCAUCCGGUCCAAACACCAAUGAUGGUCGCCAUUAUGCCAACUCGUCUGCAUCCUCCACCACCUCAAACUCGUCUGAAAUCCCGUAUCAUGCACAUGCGCCCAACUCGCCACUGCAUCUCCGUCAGGCGGAUCAUGCCUCGGGCAGGCGAGAGUCACUACCGUCGAUUCACAGCAGCGCCGGCCCAUUGGGGCAGCUUCUGGCACAGGAGCCCCAGCGGAGACACUCGAUUGCCCACAGCGACCCAUUGGGCAACAAUUUGGGUCCCCUCAAGCGGAAAACAUCGAGCACACCGCUCUCGCAAGUGCACUCAUCCGAUUCUCUGGACCAUCCCGCAAAACGUCGAGACUCGAUUCCGGAUGCGGCAUUGGGGCUGCAUCCUUAUCCAUCCAGGAGCUCGUAUUCUGCGCCGUCAAGUCCACCGAGGCGUGGAUCAGUUGCUUCGAAUCAUGGAGCAGUACCGUCGCUGAACCUUCAACCGGCAGCAGAGAUCAAGCCCUCGAUGAUGGUCCCUCACGGACCCCAUGGGCCUUCAGGAAUUGAGCAUGCGCGCCCCCACUUUCCGCUGCAUCAGCCUCGUAGACCGUCACUAUUAUCGUCGGAGGCUGGAUCGAGGAGGUCGUCGAUAGCGGAUGUUCACCACACACACGGACCGCCACCGCCCCACCUGCAUCACUCACCAUACCCUCCACCGGACUAUGACCAACGGAUGAACAUGGACAUGGAAAGGAUGCAUCUUUCCAACAACCAUGGACCAGAACACAACAAGGGACCGGCAGGACCAGGAUCACAGACGACGCAUCUAUACCCAGGCUACCCGUCUGCGUACCCCAAUGGCGAUGGCAGUGCGUCACACAAGACCGAUACACCCUACUCCCGAUCGCCGGAACUGAGGGUGUCACAUAAGCUGGCGGAGCGUAAGCGUCGCAAGGAGAUGAAGGAGCUUUUUGAUGAGCUGCGGGAUUCUCUGCCGGUCGAUCGAAGUCUCAAAACCAGCAAAUGGGAAAUUCUGAGCAAAGCUGUCGACUAUAUUGCACAGAUGAAAACGGAUCAGGAAGAGCUCGCAAAGGAAGUGGAGGAAUUGCGGCAGGAAGUCGCGCGUCUGAAGCAAUAA